GGCUUUUGGCGCGAGCGUCUGAAAAAAGGCUAUGGAGGCGGAGCUCCUCCAGCUCCGCGUCUGGGGUCUUGCCUAGGGCAGUGGAUGGCCGCGGGAAAAGCCGAUGGGGUCAGAUCUGUGAUCUAAAUGCUGGCGCGGUUUCUCUCAGACUGCUGAGCCCAAACACCAGCUGCACCUGUGGAGCGGACUGACUUAUCGAGCUUUGGAGUAAUAUUGUACAUAAAAAUGCCUAUUGGAUCCAAAGAGAGGCCAACUUUAUUUGACAUUUUUAAGAUGCGGUGCAACACAACAGAUUUAGGACCAAUAAGCCUUAACUGGUUUGAAGAACUAUCUUCAGAAGCUCCACUCUAUAAUUCUGAACCUGCAGAAGAAUCUGAAUGUAAGGUCAACAAUUGUGAACCAAAUUUGUUUAAAACACCACGAAGGAAACUCUCUUAUCAUCAGUUGGCAUCAACUCCAAUCGUAUUCAAAGAUCAAGGUCCGAUAUACCAAUCUCCUUUAAAAGAAUUAGAUAAAUACAGAUCAGAUUCAGGAAAGGAUAUUGCCAAUAAUGAACGUAAAAGUUGUUGCACAAUGAAGUCUAAAAUAGAUCAAGCAAAUGAUGUUGCCAGUCCACUUCUAAAUUCCUAUCUUAGUGAAAGUCCUGUUCUACGAUGUACAAAUGUAACACCACAAAGAAAAAAGUCAGUGGUAUGUGGGAGUUUGUUUCAUACACCAAAGCUUAUGAAGGGUCAGACACAAAAACAUAUUUCUGAAAGUCUGGGAGCUGAGAUGGAUUCUGAUAUGUCUUGGUCAAGUUCUUUAGCCACACCACCAACCCUUAGUUCCACUGUGCUCAUAGUAAGAGAUGAAGAAGCAUCUGAAACUGUUGAUACUACUGCUAUUUUGAGAAACCAUUCUUCUAAAGAUGGAAGUGUGAAGAAAAAUGAGAGAUUCAUCCUUUCUGUGACAGAAAAUGAAAACAAAAAUCAAAGAGAAGCUAGAAGCCAAAGAUUGAGGAAAGUAUUAGGAAAUUCAUUUGGUAAAAUAAAUAGUUGUAAAGACCACUUUGGAAAGUCCAUGCCAAAUGUUCUAGAAGAUGAAGUAUGUGAACCAGUUGCAAAUAUUUCUGAAGAAGAUAGUUUUUCAUUAUGUUUCUCUGAGUAUAAAAUGGAAAAUCUUAAACUAAAAAGUGAGGAUAGAGAAAAAAAUUUUUAUGAAACAAAAACUGACAAAUAUGAUGAAGCUAAAGAACAAAUGAAGGAAAAUAAGCAUUCAUUUGCAUUUGAAAUUGAAGCAAAGAAUAGUGAUCCAUUAGAUUCAAAUUUAACAACUCAGAAGCCCUUAGAAAGUGGAAAUGAUAAAAUCUCCAAGGAGUUGGUACAAUCUGAAUGGUCUCAACUAAGUGUGUCUGGUCUAAAUGAAAUCCAGAUGGAGAAAAUAGCCAUAAUGCAUGUUUCUUCGUGUGACCAAAAUAAUUCAGAAAAAGACCUGAUAGACACAGAGAAAUCAUGUAUCAAGUUUAUUACUCCUGAAAGUUCUUUGUCUCAUAUUUCUGGUCUACCAAAAUUAGAGAAGAUAUUAAAUGAGGAAACAGUGGUACAUAAGAUAGAUGAAACGCAGCAUGUUGAAUCUCAUGAUUCCAUUCUUGGAGCGAAGCCAGCAACAUCUGAGAUUUCUCCAAUAGGUUCUCCAUUUCAGGGUAUCAAAAAGUCCAUAUUCAAGAUAAGAGAAUCAGCUGAGGAGACUCUGGGGACAGUUUUCUUAGGUGACAUGAGUAAUUCAGACUUGAAUGAAACAGAAAUCCCUGAAAGAGAAAUGGAAACACAUGCUUUUUACUCACAGAAAGAAAAUUCUUUAUGUCAGAGUUUUGUCGAUGAUGGAAGCAAGCCAGCCACUGUUACACAUUCUUCUGUAACUUUGAAGAAUACAAGUUUAAUAUCCACUUUGAAGAAGAAAACCAAAAAAUUCAUUUAUGCUGUAAAGGAUGAAGACUUCUAUCAAGGAAAAAAGAUACAGAAAGACCAAAAUUCAGAAGUUACUAACUGCUCAGGACAGUUUGAAGCAAAUGCUUUAGAUGUACCACUUGUAUGUAAAAAUGCUGAUUCAGGUUUAUUGCAUUCUUCUGUCAAAAGAAACUGUUUACAGGGUGAUUCUGAAGAACAAACUUUGUCCAAAACCAAUUCUUUUGGGACAAUAUUAAGGAAAUGUUCCAAUGAUGAGAAUAGUUCCAAUAAUGCAGUAAUAUCUCAAGAUCUUCAUUAUAAGGAAGCAAAACUUAAUAAGGAAAAAUUGCCAUCAUUUAUAACCGCAGAAACUGAUUGUCUGUCAUGCCUGCAAGAAAGACAAUGUGAAGAUGAUCCAAAAAGCCAACAAGUUUCAAAUAUAAGAGCAAAGAUCGUGACUUCAGCAUAUCACCCUGCAAUUCAGCAUUUAGAGAUGGAAUGUAAUAGCACUUACUCUCAAUCCCAAAAUGGUUUUUUGGAUGACCAUGAUAAUACCAACACUUGGAUUUUAACUCCUAGCUCCAAGGAUCUUAAAUCAAACUCGACUGUGAUUUCUGGAGAAAAAGAAUCAUACAAAAUGUCAGAGGAAACAAAAUACAGGAAUUGUGAAAGUGAUGCUGAAUUAACCAAAAAUAGUCCCAUAGAAAAAAAUCAAGAAAUAUGGGGUUUAAGUGAAAAUUUUGAAAAAGCUGAGCUGUUGCCACUUGAAAAACAUGUAACAGUAACAUCUCCUUCAAUGAAAGUUCAAUUCAACAAAAUUACAAAUCUAACGGUAAUCCAACAAGACCAAGAAGAAACUACUUUAAUUUCAGAAAUAACUGUCAAUUCAAACUCUGAAGAACUUUUCCCAGACAAUGAGAAUAGUUUUGUCUUUCAAAGAAAUAAUGAGAGCAAUAAUCCUGUUUCAGGAAAUACUGAGGAACGUAAUGAAACUGACCUCAAUUAUAUGAAAGAAUCCAAUCUCCAGAACCCUACCAUGGUAGUACUUGAAGACAUAGAUGACAAGCAGACAACUCAGGUAUUGAUUGCAAAAGAUUCUGACUCAUCAAAUAUGGUCCAUGAUGUUAUAGAGGAGAACAGAAAUACUGUGACACAGCAUCUAAAAAUUAAUAUAGAUCAAGAUUUAAAAUCAGGCAUCUCCUUAGAUAAACAUAUUAAAUCAAAUAGAAAUAAUGAUUACAUGGACAGGUGGUCAGGUCUUUUAGAUCCAAUUUCAAAUCACAGUUUUGGAGGUAGCUUCAGAACAGCUUCUAAUAAAGAAAUAAAACUCUCUGAACAUAAAAUUAAUAAAAGCAAAAUGCUCUUCAAAGAUAUUGAAGAACAGUAUCCUACUAGUUUGGCUUGUGUUGAAACUUUAAAUACAACAUCGUUAGAUAAUCAGAAAAAACUAAGGAAACCUGAUAUAUUUGAUUCACAGUCAAAUAAUGCUAUAUCUGCAUAUAUGCAAAAUAGUGCAUUUGUUUCUGAUUGUGAAAAUAAUCAUACAGCCACUCAGGUGUUAUCUUUAAAGCAAGAUCUUAAUUCAAACCAUAAUUUAACACCUAGCCAAAAGGCAGAAAUUACAGAACUUUCUGCCAUUUUAGAAGAAUCAGGAAGUCAGUUUGAAUUUACACAGUUCAGAAAACCUAGCCAUAUAACACAAGGUGAUACCUUUGAAGUGCCUGAAAACCAAAUGACCAUCUUAAAUACCACAUCUGAGGAAUGUAAAGAUGUCAAUCACCAGCUUAGCAUUAAUGCCUCAUCUCUUAGUCAGGUAGAGAGGAGCAAGAAAUUUGAAGAUGCAGUUGGAACUAAACACAAGUUUGCUUGCUCAUUGAAAAAUAACUGCAACAAAACUGCUACUUAUUUAACAGAUGAAAAUGAAGUGGUAUUUAGAGGUUUUUAUUCUGCCCUUGGCACAAGACUGAAUGUUUCCAGUGAAGCUCUGCAAAAAGCUGUGAAACUGUUCAGUGACAUUGAGAGUAUUAGUCAGGAAACUUCUGCAGAUGUAUAUCCAAGAAGUUUCCCUUCAGGUAAAUGUCAUGAUUCUAUUGCUUCAGUGAUUAAAGUAGAAAAUCAUAACAAUGAUCAAAAUUUAAGUGAGAAACAUAAUAAAUGCCAACUAAUAUCACAAAAUGAUAGUGAAGUAACCCCUGAUGUUUUUGGCAACGAAAAUACUGAAAAUUAUAAGAGAAACACAGAAGAUGAAGUUAAUAAUAGAAAUACUUAUAAAUUAAGAGAAUCUGAUGUCAGAGAUUCAAGGAAAAAUUAUACAGUUGAUAUUCAUACGAAUGAAAAUGACUUGCAAUGUAUUGAUCAGCACGCCCAAUUUGUGAAGGAGGAAAACACUCAGAAUAAAGAAAGUUUGUCAGAUUUAACUUGUUUGGAAGUUGUGAAAGCUGAAGAAAUACAUCAUAUUAAUACUUCAAAUGAAGAAGAGUUAACUACAGAUAAAAUAGAGCAAAAUGUAAAAGCUGUUGGAAUUUUUGACAUAUCCUUUCAGACUGCAGCUGGGAGAAAUAUCAAAGUCUCCAAAGAGUCAUUAAAUAAGGUUGCAAAUUUCUUUGAUAAAGAAACAGAAGAAGAAUUGAAUAACUUUUCAAAUUGCUUGAAAUCUAAGUUACUUUGUGACAUGAAUAAGAGCGAAGUAGAUUUUUCAAGUCAUGAGGAACCAGACAUGGUUAAAAACAAAAUAUUUAAAGAACCUAUCCCGGUUAGUACUGAAAAUCAAUUACUGACUGCCCAGCAGCAACCAGAAUGUGGAAUAGAAAAGAUCAAAGAACCUACUCUGUUGGGUUUUCACACAGCUAGUGGGAAAAAAGUAAAAAUUACAAAGGAAUCUUUUGACAGAGUCAAAAAUCUUUUUGAUGAAAAGAAGCAAGAUAGUGAAAUUGCCAGUUUCACCCAUCAAGGGGCAAACACUCUAAAGGAUAGGGAGAACUGUAAAGAAGGACUUGAAUUAGCACUUGACACCAUUGAGAUAACUGUGCCAAAGUGUGAAGAAAUGCAGAAUUAUCUAGAUUGUAAUGACAAAAACUUUGCUUUUAGUGACACUAGGCUACUGCCCAGGCUAAGUGAUAAUUUACAUAGACAAACUGAAAGUCUGAAAACAAAUAGUAUCUCUUUGAAAGUUAAAAUACAUGAAAAUACAGAAAAAGAAGCACUAAGAAAUCCUACAGGAUGUUUCCCAAAUCAGUCUUUAGCCAUUGAAAAUUCAGAUUUGGCAUUUUACACAGGACUUAGCAAAAAAGUUUCUGUGAGUCAAGCUUCACUGUUUGAAGCAAAAAAAUGGCUUAAAGAAGGAGAACUGGAUGAUCAAUCAGAAAAAAAUGCUGCCCAGGUUAUAUGUGUAAAGAAAUACCUGGACAAUUAUGUAGGAAAUCAUUCAUACGAAAAUAGUUCAAACAGUAUCAUAACUGAAAGUGGCAAAAAUCCUCUCUCUGGAAAACAAGAUUCACCUUAUUUAAGAAACAGUGUAUCUAAUGGCUAUUCAUGUCAUUCUGAUGAGAUACAUAAUCACUCAGAGUACCCCUCAAAAAAUAAAAUUGUUUCUGGUCUUGAGCCAUUAGUGAAGAAUGUUGACCAAAACACCAAAGUUAUACCUAGUGUAAGAGAAGAAGCCACAUGCCCACAAACUAUAAAUGAAGAUGUUUGUGAUCCAGAAUUUGUGACUAACUCUUCAUCAUGCAGAAAUAAAGAUAAAGCCAUUAAACUAGCUGUACCUCAUUCAGAUAAUUCUAAGGUAGGGCCACCUGUAUUCAGUACAGCCAGUGGUAAAACAGUCUGUGUUUCACAUGAAGCAAUAAAAAAAGUAAGAGAGAUACUUACAGAUGACUAUAGUGAAGUAAUUAAGCCAAACACUGAGAGUAAGUCAGACACUUCUCAAACAAAAACUGUGACAUUAUUGGAGGAUUCAAAGGAUAUUUUUCCUAACUCUAUAGAAAAUGGUGGAUAUAAAAUGUAUUCACAUAAAGUUUUUGCUGACAUUGAAAAUGAACAAAUGUUACAACAUAACCAAAGUAUGUCUGGAUUAGAGAAAGUUUCUGAUGUGUCACUCUGUCAUGUUAGCUUGAAAACUUCAGAUGUAUGUAAUUUUACUCUAGGGGAGCAUCCCCAGUCAGUCUCUUCUACAAAUUCUGGAAUUUUUAGCACAGCAAGUGGAAAAUCUGUGCAUGUGUCAGAUGCUUCCUUACAAAAGGCGAAAGAGAUGUUUUCUGAGACAGAAGAUAGUGCUGAACAACUGUUUUCUAAAGUAUCUUUUAAAAGUAAAGAAUGUUCAGACCAAUUCACCAGAGAAGAGAAUUCUAUGACAGAUAUCCCAAAAAAUUUACUGUCAUCUCAGAAAGACUUUUCAAAUAAAGUGAUAAAUUCAUUUGCUUUCUCUGGAUUUAGUACAGCAAGUGGAAAGCAAGUUUCAAUUUCAGAAAGUGCCUUACAUAAAGUCAAGGGAAUGUUGGAAGAAUUUGACUUAAUCAGAACCGAAUGUUCUCUUCGGGAUUCACCUACAUGUAAACAAAGUGUAUCAAAAGUAACCCCUCCUCCUUGUGUUGAUAAGAGAACCUCAGAAUACUCUGUAAACUUUAAAAGAGAAAACACCUGCAGUGAAAAAUUUGAGUUAUCAGGUAACUCUAAUAGUAAAAGUGGUUCUUCAGAAAACCAGUGUCUUAAAGUUUUUCCAUAUAUCUCUGAGUUUAAGGAAAAUGAACAACAGUUGGUAUUAGGAACCAAAGUACCACAUGUUGAAAACACUUGUCUUUUGAGAAAAAAGCGAGCUUCACCUAAAAACAUAAAAAUGGAAACUGGUAAAACGGAAACAUUUUCUAGUCCUGUGAGAACAAAUAGAGAAGUUUGUUUUGCUUACUCCAAAGAUCCAGAAAAGUAUUUUGAAAUAGAAGCAGGAGAGAUUGCCAAAGCCUUUAUGGAAGAUGGUGAGCUGACAGAUUCUGAAGCAUCAGAUCGGGCCAAACACUCACGUUUUACAUCCCAAAAAAGUGAGGGAAUGAUUUUAUUAAAUUCAAGAAUUGGAAAAAGAAGAGGAGAUGCCAUUGUCUCAGUUGGAGAACCACCAAUCAAAAGAAACUUGUUAAAUGAAUUUGACAGAAUAAUAGAAAACCAAGACAAAUCAUUAAAGGCUUCAAAAAGCACUCCAGAUGGCACAAUGAAAGAUAGAAGAUUAUUUAUGCAUCAGAUCUCUUUAGAGCCAAUCACCUGUGGACCCUUUCGCACAACUAAGGAACGCCAAGAAAUACAGCAUCCACAUAUUACUGUGCCUGGACAAGAAUUUCUGUCUAAAUCUCAUUUUUAUGAGCACCUGACUUUGAAAAAAUCUUCAAGCAGUUCAUCAGUUUCAGAGCAACCAUUUUCUAAAGUUCCUACCACAACAAAUGAAAAGAUGAGACACUCAAUUACUGCAGACAAAACUACCAAAGUCUUCAUCCCACCUUUUAAAACUAAAUCACAUUUUCACAGAGAUGAACAGUGUGUUAGCAUGGAUAAUAAUUCGGAGGAAAAUAAACAAAACCAAAAAAACAUAGGUGAACAUGAUUCAGCUGAUAAUGAAAAUAAGAUUAAUGAUAGUGAAAUUCAUGAAUUUAACAAAAAAAUCUCCAAACAGGCAGCAGCUAUAAUUUUUACGAAGUAUGAAGAAGAACCUCUAGAUUUCAUUACAAGUCUUCAAAAUGCCAGAGAUAUACAGGAUAUGCGAAUUAAAAAGAAACAAAGGCAACGUGUCUUUCCACAGCCAGGCAGCCUGUAUCUUGCAAAAACAUCCACUCUGCCGAGAGUCUCUCUGAAAUCAGCAGUAGGGAGCCAGAUUCCCUCUGCAUGUUCUCAUAAACAGCUAUAUAUGUAUGGCGUUUCUAAACACUGCAUAAAAAUCAACAGUAAAAAUGCAGAGUCUUUUCAGUUUCACCUUCAGGAUUAUUUUGGUAAGGAAGAUUUAUGGGCUAGAAAGGGGAUACAGUUGGCUGAUGGUGGAUGGCUUGUUCCCUCCAAUGAUGGAAAGGCUGGAAAAGAAGAGUUUUACAGAGCUCUGUGUGAUACCCCUGGUGUGGAUCCAAAGCUUAUUUCUGGAGUCUGGGUCUAUAAUCACUAUAGGUGGAUCAUAUGGAAGCUGGCAGCUAUGGAAUUUGCUUUUCCUAAGGAAUUUGCUAAUAGAUGUCUGACCCCAGAGACAGUGCUUCUUCAACUAAAAUACAGAUAUGAUAUAGAAAUUGAUAGAUGCAGAAGAUCAGCUAUUAAAAAGAUAAUGGAAAGAGAUGAUACAGCUGCAAAAACACUUGUUCUCUGUGUUUCUGACAUAAUUUCAUCAAACACAGAUACAUCUGAAAAUUCCAGCAGUAAAACUAGUUGUGUGGAAACCAAAAAAGUGGCCAUUGUCGAACUCACAGAUGGAUGGUAUCCAAUAAAGGCCCAGUUAGAUCCUCCCCUCUUUGCUCUUUUAAAGAAUGGUAGACUAACUGUGGGUCAGAAGAUCAUUGUUCAUGGAGCAGAACUGGUGGGCCCUCCUGAAGCCUGUUCACCUCUUGAAGCCCCAGACUCUCUUAUGUUAAAGAUUUCUGCUAACAGUACCCGGCCUGCUUGCUGGUAUACAAAGCUUGGAUUCUUUCCUGAUCCUAGGCCUUUUCCUCUGCCCUUGUCAUCACUGUUCAGUGAUGGUGGAAGUGUUGGUUGUGCUGAUGUCAUUAUUCAACGAACAUACCCUAUACAGUGGAUGGAGAAAACAUCUUCUGGGUUCUACAUAUUUCGCAAUGAAAGAGAGGAAGAGAAGGAAGCAGCUAAAUAUGCAGAGGUCCAACAAAAGAAACUGGAAGCCUUAUUCACUAAAAUUCAAGCAGAGUUUGAAGAGCAUGAAGAAAGCACAACAAAACAAUGCACACCGUCACGUGCACUGACCAGACAGCAGAUCCGUGCCCUGCAGGAUGGUGCAGAGCUUUAUGAAGCCGUGAAGAACGCACUGGACCCAGGUUGCCUUGAGAGUUAUUUCAGUGAAGAACAAUUAAAAGCAUUGAAUCAUCACAGACAAAUGCUGAAUGAUAAGAAACAAGCCCAGAUCCAGCUGGAAUUCAGAAAAGCCAUGGAAUCUGCUGGACAAGGGGAUCAAGGCUUAUCAAGGGAUGUUACAACUGUGUGGAAGUUGCGUAUUAUUAGCUAUGAGAAAAAGGAAAAAGAUUCAGUUAUAUUGAGUAUCUGGCGUCCAUCAUCAGACUUAUAUUCACUGUUAACAGAAGGAAAGAGAUACAGAAUUUAUCAUCUCACAACAUCAAAAUCUAAAAGUAAAUAUGAAAGAGCUAACAUACAGUUAGCAUCAACAAAAAAAACUCAAUAUCAACAACUCCUGGCUUCUGAUGAAAUAUUACUCCAGGUUUACCAGCCGAGGGAGCCCCUUCACUUCAGCAGACUGCUAGAUCCAGACUUCCAGCCACCUUAUUCUGAGGUGGAUCUAAUGGGAUUUGUAGUUUCUGUUGUGAAAAAAAUAGGUGCUCCGUUGGUAUAUUUAUCAGAUGAAAAUCAUAAUUUAUUGGCAAUAAAGUUUUGGAUAGACAUUAAUGAAGACAUUAUUAAACCUCAUAUGUUAAUUGCCGCAAGCAAUCUCCAGUGGCGACCAGAAUCCAAAUCAGGAAUUCCUACUUUAUUUGCUAGAGAUAUGUCCGUGUUUUCUGCCAGUCCAAAAGAAGGCCAUUUUCAAGAGACAUUCUACAAAAUGAAAAAUAGUGUUGAGAAUAUUGCUAUGUUUUGCAAUGAGGCAGAAAAGAAGCUUAUGCAUAUACUUAAUGUAAAUGUUCCCAAGUGUUCUACCCCAACUAAAGAGUAUACUUCAGAGCCAUUUGCUGCUCAAACCGUGCUUGGUAUCGGAAGUAAGUUUCUGAUGUCUUCUCCUGUUAGUGACAUAAUUUAUCCCAGUUCUUCAUCACUUUGUACACCAAAGGGGAAGUCUAUUCCCACACCUGUGGCUGCCCAAACGACUUCAAAAUCCUGCUGUAAAGGGGAGAAAGAGGCUGAUGACCCAAAAACCUGCAAAAAAAGAAGAGCCUUGGAUUUUCUGGGUAGACUGCCUUUACCUCCACAUGUUAGUCCCAUUUGUACAUUUGUUUCACCGGCUGCCCAGAAGGCAUUUCAGCCACCACGGAGUUGUGGCACCAAAUAUGAAACACCUGUGAAGAAAAAAGAAUUGACUUCUCCUCAAAUGACUCCACUGAAGAAAUUCAGUGAGACUUCACUUUUGGAAAGUGAUUCAAUAGCUGAUGAAGAGCUCGCAUUAAUAAAUACCCAAGCUCUUUGGUCUGGCUCGGCAGGAGAAAAUCAGCUGGUCAGUGAAUCAACUAGAACUGUUCCCACCAGCUCAAAAGAUAAUCCCGGGCCAAAAAGGCCUUCUGCUACAGCUCUGAACAAAGAACGGGAAGAUCACCAGGCUGGUACAGAAGAAUGUGAGACUACUAGGAAGGACACAAGGACAGUAAAAAAUCUAUCUAAAAGAUUGCAAAGGCGACAAAAACAAAAGUGACAAUCACCUACUGACUCUUAACCUUUCCAGGUUGUAAGACAUACAAUUUCAAACCGCACAUCUUCACAUAACAAGGAAAGAUAAAGUAGUUUCAAAUUACCUGAGUGUGUGUAUAUCAUAGAGAUGCUCUCUGCCUGAUUACAUGUUGGUAUACUUUUAUUUCUGUUGUAUACCUUAAAAUUAACUGUAUAUUUAUUAACUAAUCAAGAAAGAAAAUCUUUAAAUAUUUAUGACUGGAUUUGAUCACUACAAGUAUUAUUUUCAAGCUAAAUAAACAUAUUCUUUUAGAUUGUGUCAUUGAUUAAAUGCAGUCUCCAAGUAGUCGUUCUGCCUCAGGUAAUCCCUGUUAGUUCCCAUUUUAGAGAUUUUUUUAGCUUUAUUCACCAUGCGAUAGUUUUCCUUAGCGCACUUGUUGAUUCUGCGGUAGUUCAUCCUGCGCCAGUCAAGGUGAAUGUGAUGUUUGUCAUGUUUUCACUUGACGUGUUCUUCAUCCUUAAGUCAGUGUAACUCCCUUUUAUGAUUUCAGGGUGUGAUCUCU